AUGGUAAUCCCUGGAGGUUCCCUUCGCCUAACCUGUAAAGCAUCUGGAUUCAACUUUACUAACUAUGAAAUGUACUGGAUCCGACAGUCUCCAGGAAAAGGACUGGAGUGGGUGGCAACAGUUAGCCGACCAGAAGGGACUAAACAGUGGUAUAAGUCCAAAGUGGAAGGAAGAUUCUCCAUCUCCAGAGACAAUUCCCAGACUUCAGCUUAUCUCCAGAUGAACAAUUUGAAGCCUGAAGACUCUGCCUUGUUCAACUCAAGGCGCCAAUCUCAUUCCUUUUUCACAAUGACAUCCCACUCGUUCAUUCUCAUCAUGCUGGCUGCCUUCUCCAAAGGUGGCCUCUCCCAGGUAGCUCUGACCCAGUCAGAUGCAGUGCUGAAGAAACCAGGAGAAUCCCAUAAAUUGACUUGCGCUGUCACUGGAUUCAACGUUAACAGCUACUAUAUGGGAUGGAUCAGGCAGAAACCUAGCCAAGGACUGGAAUGGCUUGUUUCCUACUACACGUCUAGUAGCAACUAUUAUUCACCAACAAUCCAAGGACGGUUUCUUGCCUCCAAAGACAGUUCCAACUUCUAUCUGCAAAUGAACAACCUAAAAGCUGAGGACACAGCUGUCUAUUAUUGUGCAAGAGACACAGUGAGAGAGAUCUUAAGAGAUCUCAUGCAAAAACUUUUCCUUUCACUACUGGAAUGUCUCAAGAGGGGACACCCGAGAACCACCAAAUAA